CCAACCACCGAACACCGAAGAUCCCAAGCACCACAGCACCCACUUCCGCCAGCAGCCGGUUUGGAUAUCAGAACAUCAGAACACAACCGAUCCCUUUGAUUUAUUGAUUGGAUCCUUGCUUGCUGCUCUAUCCCUCGAGUGUACUCAAUUGCUGUCUCAUUUUCCAAUUAAUUAAUAAUUGAUCGUAUCGAAUCUAUCCACAUUGCAGAUGAUGAGAUUCUGGACCUUGUUGACAACCAUUCUUGUCUUGAGUUUGGCAAGGGCAGAUGACAGCGACGCUGUCUUUCGCUGGAGUUCUACGGGAGGAGGAUGGAGAGCAAUGUUUGCCUGUGUUGGCUUUGCCAAUGUCUUUCAGCAAGCAGGAUUGAUGACUGAAGAUUCUUCGCUCUUCUCGGCCAUUGCCACCAACAGUGGAGCCUCUUGGUUUUUGGUGCAGCUCUUCUAUUCUCAAGCAUUUUAUGAUCAGACCGUCAUGGCAGCAUCUCCAGAAGACCUCUACAAUUUUACCGUGCAAUGGAUGGGAACCUACGAAGCAUUUGCCCGCGAUGUGGCUCCCAACGAAACGGAUGUCAGUGAGGCGCUGGGAAUUAAUUUUGCUGCUCUCCAAACUGGCACGGAACGAGAACAAAUGGAACACAAUGUCAUUACCUAUCUCAGCGAAUUCUGGGGACUCUAUUAUCACAGCAAUGCCAGUUGGGCCAAUUUUGUGGAUGCCAUGUUGACAGGGGCCACUGACGACUUGGGACAUGAGGGUGUCUUUGCCGAUAUCCAGGCCAAUCCUGAAAAUCGUAUUCCGGCCAUGCAAUCCACUGAUAUGCUCAUUCAAUCCACUCUGGCACCGGGAUCCAAAAUUCGAUUGGGGCCGUAUCGUAGUACGGCCGCAGAAGAAGAGGCAUCGGAAGAAAUUGAUAUUGAAUUUGAAGAUGAAUACUACGAACCAACCGAGAAAUGGGACUAUUUAAAGCCACUCUUUGGGGAUAUUGACAAUCAAGAUCUCAUGGUCUACCUGGGGCCGCUCGUACCAGAAAGUCAAGAGAGCAACUCCAACUGGCCGCUCUACAGUGUCGGUAUCUCAGCGGCGUAUGUUGUCAAUGAUACUUUUGCCGGACUUCAAUACAGUACAUUUGACUCUCCGUCUUCUACAGAAUUGGCCACCUAUGUCUCUCCAACCAGCCGAUUCUGGAAAUGGAACGACUGGAACGCCUACUACAUGUGGCCCAACGAAGGCUUUUGGACGUGGCCCACACCAAAUGCCACCACUGAAAUUGACCAAGAUUUGGUAGAACGGUACAAGGCGCAAGCCGUCAACAUGACAUCCACAGGGACAUUGGCGCCACCCUUUGGUGGAGGAGCGGCCUCAGUCAUCCAAGCUGCCGCCAUUAGUUCCGCCGCGGCGGGACCCCUCUCUCCCGCAGCUCCCACCGUCUUUGCCCAAGCGCUCAGUUUGCAACGCCAGUCGGUGCGAGACGGGCUGGAAACAGAUGGCGGUGGCGCCGCUGUGGCCGGGUUGACGGCAUUUGAUUUGACUGCAGGAAAUAUCUUCAAGAAUGGAGUCUUUGAUGAUUUUGCAGUGUGCAGUCAGUGGCCCAAUCCCUGCGGACCUGCCGAUGGUCAGUUUCUCGAUGGAGCCUUUGCCGACAAUCCUUCAGUUGCCAUCAAUGUGGCUCAGUAUCAUCAAGAGGGUGGGGAUCUCAGCAAGACUAUGAAACUGGUGCUAACCAACACCAAUCAAGAUUUCGUGCCCGGGUCGUAUGAUACAGAUCAGAUCCUGCAAUACUUUGAGUGCUCCUUCAAUCACGAUGUUGCACCGGGUGACUAUGUGUGGCUGCCUGGAUUUGUGGUCCCAUACCGAUCACCACAGAUUUUUGAAGAAACGUUGACCGUUCAGGAUAUCGUUAUUGAUCUACAACCCAUGGAGGAUUCCAACAUGUCCACAGCCAUUUUGAAGGGAACAACCCUUGACAAUGCAGCUUUUGGAGUCAAGGCUGGGCAAUCUGUGGAAAUCUUGGUGAUCAAUACAAACACCCCCAUCACUACAUUUAUUGCGGGCGCCACGAUUAUCGAAAUGCAGACAGAACCACUGGCGACCAUGGUCCAGGACAUUGCAUCCAGUCAAGAGUUGGUGGCCCGCAUCAAAGAUUUCUUUGGGAUCUUGGAGCAAGCUGAGAAUGGAGAGGAAGUGUCAAGGGCAGAAGCUGGGGAAGGAGAAAAUGCAGAUGAAACCGAAUCAGAGGAAGAAGCAAAUGUUGGAACCACAUUACAAUCCACUUCAAGAGCAGAAACUUCUUGGUCACUCUGUCCUUGGUGGGGGUUUGGGUUGCUUGGCAGUGGCGUUCUGAUGUUGCUUUAGCAAGACCUAGGUUGCUAUUAUGAUUGGUUGCUAUUAUGUGUGUGUCUUGUCUGUACGCAGCAUCACGACCAGGAGACAAUCUGGAGCCCUAGAUCCACUGAUUGCUCUGAGCAGGGAAAGAUAGCCAGCAACUCAGCUAGCUAGCUGCUUGAGGGCAAAGAAAGCUGUCUGAUAGGGUUCUCUAUUGAAAGCUUGAGGAUAUACCAUGUGAUUCGUGAUUCGUUUCUUUGUUGGCAUAAAAAGUUAGAAUACAGAACGCACC